AUGGCUUCCCCCAAACAGUCUCAAGAAUCGGUAGCUACCUUCGGCAUCCGUCCAGUUGAGAGAUUUUCAGGUGGAAGUUCAGCAAUCAAGCGCCCACGAGAAUUCACCCACUUCUCAUACGACUCCGAGCACGUCUUCCACCCAGAUGUCUCCUCUUUGAAGUACUACUACCCGCCUUCUCUCCCCUCAGACCUUUGCGCCGGCUUCUCUACCUUCCAAAAGCAUGAUGACAGCACAGACGAACACAUCACGAGCCUCCUGCGCUCGGUGAUGCUCCAUGAGCAGUCCACGCGUACACGCACCAACUGCGACAUCCUCACGUGGCGCGGGAUGCUCACGAAGAUCCUCACUACUCCAUUUGACCGGUUCUCUGAGUUUGAGAUGAACGCGACCUGCUUCCAAGGCACGAUUUUCAUCGAGGAGAACCAUGCGUAUAAAGUGGGGCAGCGGAUACAACAGGACAGAGAAGCCAGGCAGCGGGGUGGAGUCAGCUCUGAGAGGCAGGACAUGAUGUCCUUUUGGGGAUACAAGUUCGAGACGUUGUCAACGAUUCCGGACGUAUGGGAUAAAGUCAGUAGAGACGCGAUUGAGGGGCGGGAAAGUGACAUUGUGGAGAAUAAGAGCCAGUAUUGUUCGGUGGUCUCCACUGGCAUCGGAGGUGCAAAACUGGUCCUGGGCGGCGAGGUGGACGCUGUAUGGGAUCGUAAACCGGACCCGAGGCCGGAGGAUGGUCAAGAAGGUAUCCAGGGCACCCGAUGGGUGGAGUUGAAGACAGCAGAGCAGCCAUCAUCGGACAAAGACAUGGUGAAGUUCGAGAGGAAGCUGCUGAAGUUUUGGGCGCAGAGUUUCUUACUCGGCGUACCGAAGAUCAUCGUGGGAUUUAGAAACAAGGACGGCAUGUUGGUGUCUCUUGAGGAGUUGGAGACACAGAGCAUUCCGGGAAAUGUGAGGAGAGUCGGAAAGAGAACUUGGGAUGGCAAUAUUUGCAUCAAUUUCACAGCAGCGUUCCUCGAGUUCUUGAAGUCUACUAUUCGAGGCGAGGGUGUCUGGAGGAUCUGUAGACGGCCUCAAUCUCCUUCCAUAGAGGUCUUCAAAGUCGAAAACAAAGGCCAUGGAGAGAUCCUCACUUCGGAGUUCAUCAACUGGCGCACAAAAAUCGCAGCAGAUGAGCUUGCAGCAGCUCUCUCUGGGAAGGGAUGA